CCAAUCAAUCCCAAUCAACACAUUCUCUCUUUUUGUUUUUUUUUUUAAUUUUUGCCGCCAAACUCGAAUGUGUUACUGCGGCUAUUUUUGAGAUGGUUACGCUGCAGGGAACGAGGCCUUUCGUAUCUGGUUGCCGGCCAGAAUUUGGAUAUGGACCGUUGCAGUCGUCGAAGUUAGGAUUCGCCAGGUUCUCCGUCGGCGAUAAUGCGGUUAAGAAUUUGGGGCUCUGUCGCGGCGGUGAUGUGAGGUUGAGAUAUUCGCGGAUUAUUAUUAAGGCAAUGGAGGAUUCUGCGGCGUAUUUGACCAAGGAUUGCUCGGCUAUUUCAGGAAAGGAUCUUCAAAUGAUGUUUGGCAAUGAGAAGUCAACAAACAUCGUGUGGCACAAAAGUUCAGUUGAUAAAUUUGAUAGGCAAGAGUUACUUCAGCAGAAAGGUUGUGUCAUUUGGAUUACCGGUCUCAGUGGUUCAGGGAAAAGCACUUUGGCAUGUGCUCUGAGUCGAUGCUUGCACUCAAGAGGAAAGUUGGCCUACAUCCUUGAUGGUGACAAUGUCCGACAUGGUCUAAACUGUGACCUAGGUUUUAAAGCAGAAGAUCGGGCAGAAAACAUUCGGAGGAUCGGGGAGGUUGCAAAGCUUUUUGCGGAUGCUGGUGUGAUUUGCAUUGCUAGUUUAAUAUCUCCCUACCGAAAGGACCGAGAUGGUUGUCGUGCAUUGUUGCCUGAUGGAGAUUUUAUUGAGGUGUUCAUGGAUAUGCCACUCCAAGUGUGCGAGGCAAGGGACCCAAAGGGCCUGUACAAACUUGCUCGAGCUGGAAAGAUCAAAGGUUUUACUGGGAUUGAUGAUCCAUAUGAACCACCACUAAAUUGUGAGAUAGUACUGAAACAGAAGGGAGACAACUGUGCUUCUCCAUGUAACAUGGCUGAAACUGUAAUACGCUACUUGGAAGAGAAAGGGUAUCUGCGGGCCUAAUAAGCAAAAGAAUAAAAAAUAAAAAUUGGCUCCUGGUGAAAACUUUCAGCCCCUUCUUGUUGAAGCUUAUAUUCAACACAACAUAAAAUGCUGAGCUAAUGGAAAAUAAUUUGUUUUCAUUUGGCAAGGAAGCUUCUUCAUUUCUGUAUCAAGGAAAUUUCUUACUUCCUGCAUGUAGCAAUCAUGUCAUUUCUGGAGUAAUAAGGGGGGGUUUUAGUGUAUAGAUUGUAUUGUCAAGCAAUUUGGUAUUCAUGUUGAAAACUUGGAGUAAAUUAUCGGGGCUUGCACUGAAUUGUUAUAUUCAAACAAGGCUCAGAGCUUGUAGAUUUGUAUAUUUACUGCAAAUACCUAGAUUCGCUUUAUUUACUUGAAGAUUUUUUUUUUAAUAUAUAUUUCCUUGUUUUGGA